CCCGCCCCCCGCCCUUCCCUUUCCCGUUUUGGGCCCGUUUCGGUUUCGUUUCGUGGCCGGGCAGUGUCCGGAUGGCGGGGAGCGUGCUGGUGGUGCAGGGGGUCCCCCCCGACGCCCCCGAGGAGCUGCUGGUGCUGUACUUCGAGAGCCGGCGGCGCUCGGGCGGGGGCCCCGUGCGGAGCUGCCAGCGCCUCGGGGCCCUCCUCUUCCUCACCUUCGAGGACCCGCAGGACGCCCAGAACGUGUUGGCCCAGGACAGCCACAGGCUCGGGGGGGCCGAGCUGAGGGUGUACCUGGCCCCCCCCUGGAACCCCACGCACCUGCUGCUGCACAGCCUGGACCCCCAAAACCCCUGGACCCCCUCAGAGCACCCGCACGGAGCCCUGGAGACCCUGCUGGGGGUCCCCGCCGGCGCCGUCACCCUGUGCCGGGACCCCGCGCCCGGCUGGGGCCUGCUGCGCCUGCGGGACCCCCUCACCCCCCCAGAGCUGGCACAGGCGGAGCGGCGGGCGCGGCAGCGGGGGCUGGCGCUGCUGCGGGCGCCGCGCAGCCCCGCGGUGCUGGUGAGGGCGGCGGGGCCCCCACCCAACCGGGACCUGCUGGAGCUCUACUUCGAGAACCGGCGCAGCGGCGGCGGCCGCGUCAAGGACGUGCGGGCGCUGCCGGGCGGGCGCGGGGCCGUGGUCACCUUCCUGGAUCCGGCAGCCGCAGAGCGGGUGCUGAGGAGGCCACACCGGCUGCAGGACGCGGCGCUGGAGCUCCAGCCCCACUUCCCCUUCCUGGAGCCGCCGGAGGGGAGUGCGGACGCAGCCCUGGACGCUGCCCCCGCUCUGGACAGGGAGCCCCUGCUGGUCACGGACCCCUUGCCGGACACAGACCGCGCACCGGGCACGGAGCCGUCCCCAGGCACAGACCCCACCACGGCACGCACGGAGCCCCCACCGGACACUGCCGCCGCCAUCCCGGUGCCAGCAGCGCCAGCGUCGCACCCGGCACCGGGACAGCCACCAGCUGCCUUCCCCGGCAGGGACAAGGACGCAGAGGGGUCCAGGGCCAUGCCCAGCCCGGCCCGGUGCCCGGGGCCUGUGACGGCGGUGGUGCCAGAGCCGGUGGUGGUGGCACCGGUGCAGGACGAGGCGCUGGUGCCGGCGGAGCCCGGAGCCGUGCGGUACCUGCAGCAGCACUACCAGGACGUGCUCGGCAGCAUCCUGGACGUGUCGCUGCUGCCGCUGGAGGGGGAGGACGUGUCGGGGUUCCGGGUGAGCGGGGAGCCGGGCCGGUGCCGGGCCGUGGCGGAUUUCCUGCAGAGCCUGCUGGACUCGGUGGCCUCGCACUCCGCGACCCUGCGCUUCCCCGGCGUCGCCCGUUUCCUGUGGGACCUGCCUGGGCAGAGCCUCCUCCAGCAGCUGGAGAGCCGCUUCCAGUGCGUCCUCCAGCUGGACGGGGAGCUCUGGAGCCCUCCGGACCCCCAGCUGGAUCUGGUGUCGCUGGUGCACCCAAGCAGCCACCGGGACCCCCAGCCACACUCCGGGCACUGGGAUCCACCUGAGGGCAGCGGCGCCACUGCUGGUGACGAUGGCGAUGGAGGUGACGAUGGGGAUGGAGGUGAUGAUGGGGAUGGAGGUGAUGAUGACGAUGGCGAUGGAGAUGACGACGGCGGUGACGAUGGCUUCCGUUCCAGCGCAGAGGAGAUCAGGGAGGUGCUGGCAGCGCUGCGCCCGAGCGACACCGAGCGCCGCGGCAGCCCCAGCCCGCGGCCCGACGGCGAGUGGGACCCGGAGGCCGAGAUCCCCUGCGCGGCCGGCGGGGACGGCGCCAGGGAGCUGCUGGCGGGCGCCGCGGAGCCGCUGUCGGACACCCGGCUGGAGGAGGAGGUGCAGAUGGCUCUGGCCGUCCAGUGCUCCAUGGACCGCACGUGGUGCGAGGAGCGGGAGCUGGCGCGCGCCACCGCGCUGUCCCUGCGCUCCUACAGCCGCGAGCAGCAGCAGGGCCGCGCCGAGGAGGACGCGCGGCUGCUGGCGGCGCUGGCGGCCUCGCUGGAGGACGCGCUCCCGGCGGCGCACGCGGCGCGGGUGACGGCGUUCUGCUCCCGGGACCGGGACGCCUCGGCGGUGCCGCGGGAGCUGGAGCGGGCGCUGGCGGCGCGGCAGCGGCCGCGGGAGGUGGCGGACGAGCGGCUGCGGGCGCUGCCGGCCACCGGGCGCUGCGCGCUGGCCCUGCUGCAGCGCCGGCACGCCGUGCGCCUCAGCCUGAGCGGCGGCACCGCCACACUGCACGGCUUCGCCGAGUACACCGAGCCCGCUGCCGAGGAGCUCACGUUGCUGCUCCGGCACCUGCGACUGCCGAAGCGCGCUGCCACCGCCGCCACUGAUGCCACCGCCGUCACCGAUGCCACCGACGCCACCGAUGCCACCACCGUUGCCACCACGGUGCACUGGGUGCGCUGGGACGCCUCUGGCACCGCCGUGCCCUACGCUCCCGAGGCGGCGGCGCUGCUGGAGCAGGCCUGGGCGCGUGGGGAGCGCCGGCUGGAUCUGGUGCUGGGCGGGCGGCCCGUCACCGUGGAUUUGGAGCGCAUGGAGGAGUUCGACAUCGGCAGCGCCCGCACCGCGCCCGUCAGCCGCAGCCAGCCCCCGCUGGACAGCACCUGCUGCCUGCUCGGGCCGGAGGCGGCCGGGCUGGAGGAGGAGGUGCGGCUGAUGGCGCUGGCCGAGGACUCGGAGGAGUUCGCCGACACCGUGCGGCAUUUCUGCGCCACGCUGGAGGAGCUGCGCAGCCAGAUCAGCGUGGUGCAGGUGCAGAAGCUGAUCCACCCGGUGCUGUACAAGCAGUACCAGCUGAAGAAGGGCAGCGUGAAGCGCGGCUGCGCCGCCGGCACCACCGUGGAGCGCGUGCUCUUCCACGGCACCACCAAGGCCUCCAGCCGCGAGAUCUGCCUGCACGGCUUCAACCGGAGCUUCUGCGGCAAGAACGCCACGCUCUACGGCCUCGGCGUGUACUUCGCGGCGCGCGCGGCGGUGUCGGCGCGGGACCGGUACUCGCCGCCCAGCGCCGGCGGCACCAAGUUCAUCUUCGUGGCGCGGGUGCUGACGGGCGAGUUCGCGGCCGGGCAGCCGGGGCUGCGGGCGCCGCCGCUGCGCCAGGGCUCCGGCGCGCCCCGGCGCUUCCACAGCGUCGUGGACGACCCGCGGCGCCCCGACAUCUUCGUGGUGUUCAACGACACCCAGGCGUACCCGCAGUACCUCAUCACCUGCCGCAGCCGCCACGGGGGGCCCCUCUGAGCCCCCCACCCGGCAGCGGCUCCACUCUGGGGGCCCCCUUUGAUCCCCCCCUUUGAUCCCCCCUGGCACCGGUGCCAAGGCGGGGGACACGGGGGUCCCCUGUGAGCCCCCCCGGGCAGCGGCUCCGCUCCGGGGA